UGCACGUCAGGAGUCACGGCCUCGAUGAUGGACUAAAAGGAACAAUACUGCAUUAACUCCUGAUUGCUGCUUUGGUAUUUGCGUAUUUGGGGUGAGUAGACUCCACCACCUGCUGAACAUUAUUAGCAUUCAGCCGUAGUUUCAACUUUUCUACUAGCCUUUUGGGUGGAGGGCGGAGAGCGAGGUCUGGACGCGGACCAAUACACCAUGGCCCUCUAUUCGUUGUUCACCAGCCGCGCCAGCCCCCGACGAGUCCUACGUCGACAGCAACGGGGCUUGCUUUCGCCCUUAGUGUGUGUGGUGGUCAUCGUUCUCACUGCGGUAGUGAUGGUGGUACUAUUUCUACUGGGGACGACGAAGCUGCUGAGGUACAGUUCCUUGAUCCAGAAACCCAUAGUCUUAGUGCGGGAAGAGAUGGUGGGUCGCAAGAAUCACACAGCUGUACUAAAGACGUUGCCAGAUUUCGAAACCCACAAAGUGAGAGCAGGAGCGGCGGAGAGUAAUUGGAAACCGGUCACACCCCCCACCGCUAGUCUUCCGCAUCUAGCUCCUUUACCAUCAGCAUCCCACCAAUUACCGUUACAGUUACAGAUGAUGAGAAACAGCAGCAGCAACAAUAUCGUCAUGGGUCCUUAUCACAACUGGGAACUUUUCUCCGCUGACUAUCAGGAAAUGCUGCUUAAUCUCAAGAUUUUCGUGUACCCGGAUGUCCACUCAUCAUCAUCAAAAGCAAACAGAAACUCCUCCUCCCAGGCCCCUAAUUAUGACAGCGUUUUCCUUCCCCUAGCAAACCCCACUAACCCCAAGCUUGGGAAUUAUUACAGUGAGCACGCGUUUAAGGUGGCUCUUCUUCACAGUUCCCUGGUCACCGACCGUCCGGAGGAGGCCAAUUUCUUCUUUAUGCCUUUCUCCAUAAAUGCCAUGCGUAAUCACCCUCUCCUGCAUUCCGCCUCAUCCAUUUCAGAUUUCAUUGCCCAAUACACGACCAGAAUUAGCUCCGACUUCACAUUUUGGAACGCCUCCGACGGUGCUGAUCACUUCUAUGUCUGCUGUCAUUCCAUUGGUCGGGAUGCCGCUUCCAAGCACCUUGCUUUACAUAACAACGCUAUUCAAGUCACUUGUUCCUCCAGCUACUUUCAGAGGCUCUACAUUACGCACAAAGACAUCGGAUUGCCCCAAGUUUGGCCUCGCCGACGUGACGACGACCACCGACCGUUCAAUCCUCCAGCCGCUAGAAAUGUGCUCGUCUUUUUCGCCGGGCGAGCGCAGAAUUCACUUGUCCGUCAGAAGUUACUGGAUCUAUGGAGCAACGAUACAUCUUUUGCGAUAUCCUCUGGAGGUCUAUCCCUUCCUUACCAGGAAGGGUUCAAAAGAAGCAAAUACUGCCUCCAUGUUAAAGGCUACGAGGUGAACACUGCUAGAGUCAGUGACGCGAUACAUUAUGGAUGCAUUCCAGUUAUAAUCUCCAACUACUACGACCUUCCAUUUGCUAGCGUCUUAGACUGGAGCAAGUUCUCAAUUAUCGUGAGUGAAAAAGAUAUUCAUGUUUUGAAGGAAAUAUUGUUGUCAGUAUCCAAGGAAACGUACUUAAAGUUGUACAAAAAUCUAAGCAUGGUUAGGAGACAUUUCGCCUGGCACAGCACUCCCAGAAGUUAUGAUGCCUUCUACAUGACAGCUUACCAACUGUGGUUAAAGAGAGGUUUACAAAGAAUAGCUUAGCGUAAGAGGUGAUGAAAAUACACCUGUCCAUCAUGGAAGAAAUAAACAUACCAAUUUGCAUUAUCAAAUGCCAAAUAUUUUUUCUGCAGCUCAAA